AUGCUAAAUUUCACCUGUUAUCCCACCUUCUUUAUACUGGUUGGGAUUCCUGGUCUAGAGAAUGGACACGAGUGGAUCUCUACCUGCUUCUGUAUAUUUUAUUUAUUGGCAUUGCUGGGAAAUAUAACACUAAUUGGUGUCAUCUCCGCAUCGCCUGGACUCCACAAGCCCAUGUUUAUAUUACUUUCCCUGCUGGCAUCCAAUGACACCCUACUUUGCACAAGUUUCACCCCUAAAAUGUUGUGUAUCUAUUGGUUCAAUGCCAGACUCAUUAGCUUUGAUGCAUGUCUUCUCCAGAUGUUCUGCAUUCACUCCUUUACAAGCAUUGAAUCUGGGUUACUCUUGGCCAUGGCAUUGGACCGUUACAUUGCCAUAUGUCAGCCACUCCGGUAUGGUUCUGUAAUGACCAAUAGUCUUAUAGAGAAACUGGUCAUCGUGUUUCUGGUCAGAGCAGUGGUUCUGGUGGGUCCAUGCCUCAUUAUGAUCAAGAGAUUUACUGCAUUCAAGACCAACAUCAUUGCACAUUCAUACUGUGAGCACAUGGCGGUUGUGAAACUAGCUGCAGCUGACAUUCGAGUGAAUAGCGCUUGGGGGUUAAUGGUGGCCUUCACUAUAACUGGUACUGAUUUACUAAUCAUUAUAAUAUCUUACAUUAUGAUUUUUCGUGCAGUGAUCAGUCUGAAAUCUAAAGAGUCUCGUCUGAAAGCAUUUAACACGUGUACACCCCAUAUCUGUGUCUUUCUCACUUUAUACACCCUGGCCAUCUUUUCUUUCCUAUCUCACCGGUAUGGUCACGGGAUUCCACCUUACAUUCACAUUAUUCUCUCUGACAUGUAUCUACUGGUUCCGUCCAUGCUGAAUCCAUUUGUGUAUGGCCUGAAGACCAACCAGAUCCGGGAACAGGCUUGGAAAGUCUUCGGUAAAUAUUGA